GUGCUGGUAAUAGAUCCCAACAUGGAGGGUUUGACGAAUAUAGAGGACAUCCACGAAUUCAUUUUAAAGCAGGACCUCAACUAUUGCCGCAAUCCAACGUCGGCAGAGGAGCCAUGGUGCUUCGUUUCCACAGACUACUGGGAAUUCUGCGACAUCCCCUUCUGCCUCGACCGCAAAGAACCCGUGGAAUGCAGAUUGACUGAAGAAGGAUGGGAUUAUGCAGGGUUGAGGAACGUGGAUGCAGGUGGUCGGAACUGCCAACCCUGGUUGACGUCCGACGCCAAGCGAUUUCAACUCCUGAACUUCUUCGCAUUCCCGGACGAACUCAAGGACUAUAGCUACAACUACUGUCGCAAUCCUGACCCGAACAAUGACAGUCUCUGGUGUUUUACUGAGGAUGGAGAAGACGUUGGGAAAGGACGGGGUCAGUGCAAUGUCCCAUUCUGCUAUGAAGUGUAUGAGCGUUCCGCUCUUGAAGGUAAACCGGCGCAAGGAUACCCGGAAUGUUUGCAGACCAAGAUGGGGAAGGAAUACGUGGGUACGACGAGGAAGACGAUGACUGGGAGGCCCUGCCUCCGAUGGGACACUCAGCCCUAUGGAAAGCUUGAGGACUUCGACCCGAAAUUAUCCUACGAUGGUCAUUUCCGAUUUGGCAAUGCCGCAUCGCAUCAUGAUUUCUGCAGGAACCCGACAUUGAAGAAACAACCCUGGUGCUUCAUCGCCGAUCCAGGCAUGAAAUGGGAAUUCUGCGAUAUCCCGCUCUGCCCCAACUACCCCAACAAGACGGAAUGCAAAUGGACCCACAAGGGAGAGGAAUAUGCAGGGACUCUCAACGUGACGGUGUCCGGGCGUCCGUGUCUGCCUUGGAGCGACUCCAGGUUGUGGGAACAAUUUUGGCCGAGAUUCCCAGAAGACGUGAGGAGCGAGAAUCACAACUUCUGUCGAAAUCCAACUGGGAGAAAGGACCUGACUUACUGUUUUGUUGGUUUUGACGAGAACGAAAACACAUUCGAAGCCUGUGACAUUCCUUUCUGCCCCUUCCACUUCCUCACUAAAGAUGCCUCGUAA